GUUGACGUGACAAUGUGGACACAAGCUAUCAAAAAUGGCGUCAAGUUCGAUCUUGUUCUAUAUAAAUUUAUGAGGGACGCAUUUCAUAAUUAGUGAUUCAAUAAUUACUUGAAUGAGUAUAACAUAUUCUCUAUUAUUCGAACUGCAAAUUUUGUGAAUUUAGGAUUUUUGUUCUUUAUCAUUUUGAUAAAUUUUCAUUAAUAACUUUGAAUCAAGGUAUUAAAGUUUGUUUUAGGAUUUCCCUAGUGGUUCUGUUUAAACCGUUUACAGGACACCAUGUACAAUAAUAAUCCUCAAUACCCUCCUUCAGAAUUCUUAUAUGCUCAACCUCCAUAUCCUCAAGAAUAUUCUGGGAAUUAUAACUACCAAGGAUAUACUGGUUAUGGAAAUCAGGGCAAAAUAUUAUUAUAUUCUCAGGCCAUUCAGUCUCAACCUGCUCAACCACAAUCUGGAACAUCGGGAAAUUUUGCAGUAACUAAUUGGAUGAGUCAGGAACCUAACCAAAAUGAUGCUGUAGUGCAAGAGAUGCAACAACAAAAAGCUCAACUUGUCAGACAGCGUGAAGAUUAUGUUAGAAAGGCGACUGUAUUGAAACAUGAAUUGGAGCAAUUACAAGGACAGAAACAGGAUCUGAUGGGCAGCAAACCAAUGGCAGAUUCGGAUCUCUCCCGCAUCUUACAGCAGAAUUCAAAAUUGCAGGAAGAAAUUCAAGGAAAAAUGAAAGCUAUUCAUAAUGUAAUUGAAAUGCUUUCUGGUAUUAUAAAAGACGGUCAAUCUAUAAGUGAUUUAGAAGCUUCAUUGUCAAAAAACGAAACUCAAUCAAUAUCGAAGUCCCCAACAUCAACUAACUGGAAAACAUCUUCUACGCCCGACCAUUCUAAGAAGAACGUUUCUGAGAAUUAUAAUUACGUUCAUUACGACACUGGUUUACAUUGGUGUAGAAUGUGUGACGAGUUUCCGGAAACUGCUAAAGAUUUUCUUUUGCAUCUGCAGGAUAAGAAGCAUCGAGAGACGAUGAAGUAUAAUGACAUAGAUAGUACACCGUGGCAUAAAUUGCCACCAGAACAAUUAAUGCCGACUACUGAAAACGCACCUACAAAAAGAAUUCCCAUUAAAGGUUUGCAGUUUUUCAUUCCGGCUCCAUCUUGGUAUUGCAAACUAUGCGACGUUUGGAUAGGUGACUUGCACUGUGCUUCACAACAUUUAAAAUCAAAAACUCAUUAUCAAAAUUAUGAGAAUUUUAUCGGUCAAAACCCGGGUUGGGAAACGGAAUGGGUUAAGGACCGUGAAAAAGCGAUGAGUAGAAAGGGAACUCAAGCUUCCUCGGAUUCUGAAGAUGACAAAAAAAAACGUAGACGCAGAGAUAAGCAUCUCAGUGAUGCGUUUCUCCUUAAAGACAAAAAGAAGAAAAAGAAAUCCAAAAGAAAAAAGAAGCAAUCUUCAGAUUCUAGUUCAAGUUCUUCGUCAUCUGAUAGUUCUUCUGAUGAUAAUGAGGACAAAUCUCGUAGUAUUAGAGUAGCUAUGAGAAAUAUGAAGAAAGUACAAUCUAUAAUGGAUGAAGAUUUGUCAGCAAAAUGGAGUGUUUUAGAAAAGCUAGUGGAGGAGCAUAAAAAGAAAGAAGUGCGAGAUAAAGAAGACACUUUGAAAGCAAAUAAUGAAGCAGAAACUUCAAAUGAUCCGUUAAUUAACCAAUGGAUGUCUGUGCCACAACCACCUGCAAAGGAAAAGUUGAUGUUGGACACACUGAGAAAUCGAAUGCGUCAUAAAUUGGAUAUAGAACGUACCCGUAUGGCGGAAAUCGACAAAAAAAAACGAGAAAAGGAACGGGAAGAACAGGAUCACGUAGAGCGAAAAAGACGUGAAGAAAAAUAUAGAGUCGAAGAAGCGGAUCGACUGAAGAAACAGAGAGAAAUGGAAGAAAUACAAAAACUGAAGGAUAGAGAACGAAAUCAGAUUAAAUUUAAAACUAAUAGUCAUGGUAGGAGUAAAAGGUCACAUUCUGAGAGUGAUAAUGAGGAUAACGAUGAGGAUAAAAUAGGAAAAUACAAUAGGAGAAAUUCCGAGCGAGAGGGAUCCUACAAAAAUCGAAAUUCAAGAAGUCGUAGUAAAAGUCACGACCAUGACAGACGUAAUUACAAUCAAGAUAAACGAAGUCCAGAUCAAAUUCGUGAGGAAAACGACUCAGAAUCUUCUAAAAAGAAAACUCCAGGACCACCUAGUUACAAAAAAUUACCUUUUAUAGGUAGAAUGCCGUUAUUCAAGAAUAAAACCAAGCAAUCUCAACAGGAAGAAAAAGAUCAACCCAAAGAAAUUAAGAAACAAGCUUAUGAACCAGCGAGGAGAACCCGAUUCGAACCUGGAAAUCUCCCCAAAGCAUUCAUUCCAAAACCGGAUGUUGUAUGUUUCCCAAAACUUUCUUCAAUUCCACCUUUAACAAUACCACCUCCUCCGCCAACAAUUACAACUAGAGUUUCCAUUCCAGAACCACCCAAAAUUAGUGAUUUUAGUGAAAAACUUCAGGCACCACCACCACCAAAAUUGGACUGUAAUCAAGCAAUGGAAGAAAACAAUCACAAUUUGAGUGAUGAUGAGGUAUUGUAUGGAUCAGAAGGAGUGAAUCCAAGUAUGAUGGGUCAGUACUAUCAACAGUUCGAAACUACCGCUUACCAAUCGAUGAAUUCGUAUUCUUAUGAAAUGCCUGUUUCUGAAAUGGCACCACCACCACCAGAGCCACAUUCUCACUCGAUGCCUUUGCAACCUCCUCCUCUACCACCUGAUGAUGAUCUUGCUCUUUUAGGAAUUUGCGCUGAUGACAUGGCAGCGCAAUCGUUUUAAAUUUUAAUUAUUUUUAUAUCUAUUAAGUAUCGAAUUAAUUAAAAGUAAUAUUUGGAAA